AACAGAAUUCGACACUCAAAGCGUAAAAGGGGGAAUAUUUUAUUUUUGCAUUCACGGGGUAAAGUAUUCUCCCGCCAUUGACAAGUUUUUGCCAGAUCUUGCGUCGAAACCCUAACAAUCGGAAUUCGAUUUUCUGUCUGGGAGUUUGGGGACGCAUCUAUGGAUAUCCCAGUAAUCGAUCUUGCCCCGUACUUGGAAUUCGCCGGAAAAGCGGAGUUCGAUUUGAAUCUGAAGAAUUUGUGCACGGAGGUCAGCCGGAGUCUAAGGGAGACAGGAGCUUUGAUUGUCAAAGAUCCUCGGUGCACUUCGGAGGACAAUGAUAGGUUUAUCGAUAUGAUGGAGAAGUAUUGGGAAAUGCCCGACGAUUUCAAGCGCAGUCAAGAACGGCCUCACCUCCAUUACCAGGUCGGUGUAACCCCGGAAGGAGUUGAAGUACCACGUAGUUUAGUGGACAAAGAAAUGAAAGAGAAGUUAAGAGCCAUGCCAGAAGAGUUUCAACCAUAUGCUCCGUCUGGACCAGAUCCCAAGUGGCGGUAUAUGUGGAGGGUUGGUCCACGCCCAUCCGAAACCAGCUUUAAGGAACUUAACUCAGAGCCCGUCAUUCCAGAGGGAUUUCCUGAUUGGAAGAAUACUAUGGAUUCAUGGGGAUAUAAAAUGAUAUCAGCAGUAGAGGCUGUGGCUGAGAUGGCUGCAAUUGGAUUUGGCUUGGAGAAGGACGCAUUCACAUCUCUUAUGAAGCAGGGGCCUCACCUACUUGCUCCAACAGGAAGCAAUCUAAAGCGUCAUGGCCAACUGGGCACCGUUUUUGCUGGAUAUCAUUAUGACCUCAACUUUCUUACCAUUCAUGGAAGGAGUAGGUUUCCAGGACUAAACAUUUGGCUGAGGAAUGGACAAAAGAUGCAAGUCAAAGUUCCUCUGGGUUGCCUUCUCAUUCAGACCGGAAAACAGAUUGAAUGGUUAACUGCUGGAGAGUGCAUAGCUGGGAUGCAUGAAGUAGUGGUGACUGAUCGCACAAUAGAUGCAAUAAAAUCAGCUUCAGAGCAAAAUCAUAGCCUGUGGAGAGUAUCUUCAACGCUCUUCGCCCACAUAGCAUCUGAUGCAGUGCUGAAACCAUUAGGUCACUUUGCCGACUCUCCCCUAGCCAGCGAGUAUCCUGCAAUGCGCGCGGGUGAGUUUGUGGAGAAGGAGCUGGCAGUCAUUAAUCUGAAAGGAAACAACGGGAACACCUAAUAACUGCAACUCAAGACAGUAUGCGUUACAUUCCUUCAAUUUAUGUUCAAUUUGCUUUUUAAUCGCGAAUAAAAAGUUGUAUGUUUUCAUUCAUUCAUGGCUACAGAACACAAAUGGCACAAUCUUGCUACAUUGUUAAGUUUAUCUUCUGCUCUGAAAUUUUAGUAUUCUGAACCAUUACAUGUUUA